AUGGCAGCUGCUGGUGCAGUGCACAUGACGACACUCAACUUGAAGAAUGGUGAUUAUGCUCAGGUCAUCGGCAACCUCCGUGAUGUGCUCGCAGAUCAUGAAUCCCCCGAAGAGGUUGCCGGGCAUCCUGUUCUCGGCGAGCAAAAACAUCCUGGAGUGCCAAAGAGGUGGAUGCACAUCAAGCUAGUGGCCGGCAGCAAGGAAACAACCCUUGCUGUUCGGGAUGACAACGUGUACCUAAUUGGUUUCCAGAGUAAAAACGGAAGGUGGUACGAGUUGGGCUUCCAAGGGGAGACCAAGCGAAUUAUCCCAGGAUCCACCUUUUUGGGGUGUGAUGUUACGUAUAGUAAGUUACUAGAAGUAAACUCUGGAUGUCAGGAACAAAAAAACAGACGAGUCAGGGAACAAAUUGUUAGUCUAAAGCUAGGGAGGACCUCCGCGAUUGAUGCCGUGGGUAUUCUCUCGGUCUAUAAUCAAGGAGAGGGUGUAGCCGUUGACACAGUCACAAGGCGGGCAUUGGUGCACCUAAUUCUUAUGUUCUGCGAGGCCACGAGGAUGAUCCCAUUCUUCAACACCGUGGUGGCUAGUUGGGACAAUGAAGAACCAACAGAAGGGCAUAUACAGAUGGUUGAUUCAGUCUACAUCUGGAAUUGGGGAAUAAUGUCGGGCGCGCUGCUAGAUUGGAGAGAAACAGAACCAAACUACACAAGAUGCACUCGAUGUCGUUCAAGUGCUUCUCAAAAAGAAAAGGGGGAAAAACAGGAAGGGAAAGCAAAAGAAGACACCAACAAUGAUGGCAACGGCGACGACACUGGAGCUGGAGAUGAUAAUGGCGGACACGAGAAGAAAGGCAAUGGCAAACUGCUGCCUCAAGGCAGUGGCACUGACGCCCAAACCAAGCGGUCGGGAUUCGGCCGGCCCCUUGUGCAAGUGUUCGGCGUGAGGGCUGACUUACAUGUAGUUGGCACCAUCGCCGUCUUCGAUGGCAAACGCGGUCAGAUCAUCUACAAGAACCAUGCUUCCAUCUCCAACGAUCCAUCUCAGUCCGAGAGUAUGAUUGAUUUGGCACUCACUGGGCCAUACAGAGGCAUCUCAGCUGACGGGAGCUUUGCCGUUCAAGUUGACGGCAUUCCCACAACAGGUGCCUCUGACGAAUCUAAGAACGUCGCGGGUGAAAUGCUCUGGGAUUGCUACUCCGACAACGUUGUGUACAACAUGGUCUUGACCCACGGUAUCCCCAGAUUCCCCACAGCCACAGGCACCACCACCAACAUCGCGGAGGUGACCUAUGCGGUGCUGAGCAACGCCGUGGAGGCCACCGUGCAGGUCGAGCUGAAGCUGAAGGGAGACAAAGAAAGCACCACUGCCUGCGUCCAUGGUGAGAUCACGGCACACUAUGAGCACUACAAAGACCAUAGCAUACUGCUCUUCAGCAGUACAGAAGACAAGGAAAUGGAACUGAAGGUUCCCGCCUGUGGCGGCUUCAUCAGUAUUCCGAUUCCACUGCGGCGAUCGGUCAUUGCAGCGCCGGUGGGCUCAUCACUUCAAAUAAAUGUGAAGAUCCAUGUUACAUGUCCUCCCAACCAUAAGAAUACCAUCUUCUUCGACGACGAUCUCGUCUUCCCCCUUGUAGAUCAGCAGACGGGGAAACUCACAGAGGAUGAUGUGGCGGUCCAAGUAAAGAUCAAAUCGUCGGACAUAUACACUCAGCCAGGACAAAAUGACACAACACUGCCCACAACACCGGACAUCCACGCCCUUCCAGAACAAUGUGACACAGCACAACUAGCGUUGGCUACGACUUCAGAUCCAAGGUGA